GCAAAAUGGCGAAGCACCACCCGGACCUCAUCUUCUGCCGCAAGCAGGCCGGAGUAGCUAUUGGACGAUUGUGUGAAAAAUGUGAUGGCAAGUGUGUUAUUUGUGACUCGUAUGUGCGGCCCUGCACAUUGGUGCGUAUAUGUGAUGAGUGCAACUAUGGCUCUUACCAAGGACGCUGUGUAAUCUGUGGAGGUCCAGGAGUCUCAGACGCCUAUUAUUGUAAAGAAUGCACUAUCCAGGAAAAAGAUCGAGAUGGCUGUCCUAAAAUUGUUAACCUGGGCAGCUCAAAAACAGAUCUCUUCUAUGAGCGAAAGAAAUACGGCUUCAAGAAAAGGUGAUUUCCCCGCUCCACUAUGGCACACCUGCAGAAGACAAGGAGAGUAUCUACAAUAUUUUUGGAUUACAAUUUUCCAGGAAAGCAGUUAGCUUUUUUGUUUUGUUUAUCAAUCUUCACAAUUUGUAGAAAAAUUAUCUAAACUAAAUAUGGAAAUUACUUCAGCAGUAGUUAAUGUUACUGAGAGAUGUCAGCAUUCCCGUUAUAUCUGUGACAGAAGAAAGUCGUUACGAUUUCACCCCUAUAAUUUGCAAUCCAUACUGUCUUAAACAAGCAUCAUUAAUUUCUUUUUAUUAAUGCAUUGCAUUGAAUUUAUGACCAAUCUUGUAUUUUCCCUGAAAAAAAUAAGCUGUUCAUAUUCUAUAUCUUUGAGGAUUGUGCAUCAAUAAAGUUGUAUAGUGUUUUCUACCAUAA